AUAAUUGUUUAAGAAGAUUUGUACAGACGGAGCAUUCAAGGUAAAAAUUUCAACAUCGCUGCGAAUAAAGAGUGAGUGACACUGCCGGCAUCUGCAACAUCAUAUUCAUCAAAUUCCUUUCCAUCUCGUCGUAUUCAUGAAGUCACCCAAACAGUCGUCCGAAUUAUCUGACCGCCAACCAAAGGCCGUUUUCGUCCAGCCUUCCUCCCCGCGAUUCCCGCUAAUUUCCACCGGCUCUCACAGAAGAGUAGGAAUCGCGGUUGAUCUCAGCGACGAGAGUGCUUUUGCCGUUAAAUGGGCCGUACAGAACUAUCUACGACCAGAUGACAACGUGGUUCUCCUGCACGUGCGUCCCACGAACGUCCUCUACGGUGCGGAUUGGGGUGCAAUCGACCUUUCGUUGGAAUUGACGGACUCUGAGGAGUCGCAACAGAAGCUCGAAGAUGAUUUCGACUUGUUCACGAAUACGAAAGCUAACGAUCUCGCGCAGCCGUUGGUGGAGGCGCAAAUUCCGUUUAAGAUACACAUAGUGAAGGACCAUGACAUGAAGGAGAGGUUGUGUUUGGAGGUUGAGAGAUUGGGAUUGAGUGCGGUGAUUAUGGGAAGCAGAGGGUUUGGAGCUGCGAAGAAGAAUAGUAAGAGUAGGUUGGGGAGUUUCAGUGACUAUUGUGUGCAUCAUUGUGUUUGUCCGGUGGUUGUGGUUAGAUUUUCCGAUGACAAAGAUGGAGGUUAUAGUGUUGGUGAUUUAGUCAAUGAGCUUCAUCCGGUUGUGGAAGAGGAUGAACAGGAGUAUCAUGAUGCUUCUGAUAAGCACUCAGAUAUGUAGAAGGCUUCUUGAGCAGAUGUGAGGUGGGGAAUGUUGAGGCAUUUAGAGUUAAUCUUGCUGGUGUGUUAACAGGUAAUGUGAAAGCUACUGGCUUCUGUCUUUUACAUGUGUGUGGUGCCUGCUUAAUGUAAUAGGUUGUACCCUAUUUUUGUGCUAUUAUGAGAAUUUGCUGUUGGAAACCAUUUCAGUGGUUUGCAACCCUAAUUUUUAUAUAUGAGAUAUGUAUAUAUGGAAAUGUCUAAAUCCAAUGUUUAUGUUUGUAAUGUUGUGGGAAGCACAUAUGUGAUGUUUUGAGUAUGAUGAUGGUUCCCUGUUUGAAAAUAUCACAUUGGCUUAACUCCAUUGCAACAAGAAAAGAAGUUUUUAAGUUUGAAA